ACCUUUCUUUUCAUGCUUAUAUUUCUUUUCCAAAGCAAUCCAGAUUUCUUGAGGAGAAGACAUGUUGCGAUACAGAUCAUAAAGUCUAUCAGUGAGAGAAUUCAGAAUGUGUCCUCAACAUUUGAGUUCAUCUUCUUCACGCUUCAGUCUUGCAUUCUUCACUCCUUCAAAAUUGAUUUCCUUUGGUGCUGCGAUAGGUUGCAGUUUUGGAUCAAGAAUGUAUGACACCUUUGGUGUUGUUAGUAAAAAGGAAAGGUUGCUGAAAAUAUUUGAAGGUUGGUGUGAUUAUGUAUUAGAUUUGAUAAUUGCCUGUGAUGAAGAUGCAAUUCUUCGUCGUGAUAUAUAUGACCUAACACCCACAUGCACUUGGGAAAGAGGGCAUGUAACAUUGCUCGGGGAUUCUGUACAUGCCAUGCAGCCAAAUAUGAGUCAAGGGGGAUGUAUGGCCAUUGAGGAUAGUUAUCAACUUGCAGAGGAGCUGGACAAAGCAUGGAGGCAAAGUGUUGAGUCUGGAACUCCUGUUGAUAUUGUCUCUUCUUUAAGGAGCUAUGAAAGGAAUAGGAGACUGCGAGUUGCCAUUAUCCAUGCAAUGGCCAGAAUGGCUGCAAUGUUGGUUUCAAAUUACAAGUCUUAUUUGGAUAUAGGAUUUGGUCCAUUGUUGGUAGGAACUGUUGUUGAUUACAUGAAAUGGAGGCAAUGUUUCUGAAGAAACUUAAUACAUAAUCACUAUGGCUUUUGACCUGCCUUGCAGUUUUUGGCAAAAUUUCGGAUACCACAUCCAGUAGUAGUUUGUUGCAGGUUUCUUGUUGACUUUGCAAUGCAAUUAACGCUCAGUUGGGUCCUAGGUGGUAGCAGGUUAGAUCUUGUAAAUGUUUGUUUUUCUUAUGCUUCAAUUCUUGUCUUGAUUUCCCAAUUGCUUUCAUUAGAGAAAGCCUUCAUCCAGCAUCAAGGUUUGGCACGUCAGAAAUCUAUGCCAAUCAUCUAAUGCUUUUCUUUUGCAUUUGAAGUCCUAGGCUGAUAUGUAAAAAACAAGGGAAGCAUUCUUUUAGGCCACAUAGGAUAAGUUUUGUUAAUGUCAUUUUAUUAAUUGCUUGUUGCCAUCUGGGUCAGGUUUAAGUUCUGCGUUGCUCCAUUUUGGGAUUCUCCAGAAUAUUUCAUUGUCUUCUACCUGUGAUUGUUAGAGUUGUUCUUGAGGAAUACAUAUCAAGGAUCUUUCUUUCCUCUGUAGAUCUUCCUUAUUAUUCUUCUGUUACUUUUAUGAGUGGCUAUUUCAGAACCUAUUCAUUUAAGUAGGGAUGAGAACAGAGACUGCAUAAUUGGGUAUCCAUUUGCAUUUAAGAUGAAGUUGUCUUAUGUUUUAUGUGUGCAUGUGCCUCUCUGUCUAUAGUGUCCGGAUGCUCAAGCAAAUUGGGUAUAAAUUUGGAUUUAUUGU